AGUUUAGUUUUAUCAAAGUAGAGAAAACGUAACUUUUAUCUUAAAAGUAACAUUAUCUUUUACCUUUGAAUAGACUGUAUUUUAUGUAGCAUUUAAGAAUAUAAAGUAAAGGCUAAUACUCAAAUAUAAAAUAGCAUUCUAUUUGCCAGUUAAAGUUAAAUAAACUUGCUUAAUCCUCUAAUAUAACCUAAGUGAUUUUAAGGUUCUUAUUGAAUUUUAAAAAUUUUGUAAUUAAAUGAAGUUGUCACAAUUUUUAUGUAAACAUCAUAUAGGGCGACAAAUUAGACAAUUAUGGUAUAUUCAAGGGAAAAAAAAACCUUUAGAUUUUAAUACGGAAAGUAAACUAACAUCACAAGGAGUACAUAUUGAAGACGCUUUAGAAGUUACAAAUAAUUUAAGAAAACUGAAUAUUAAAGUCUGUAAUUUUUCUGACCAAGUUGCUCCUAUUAAAGUUGAUACUCAUCCAUAUUUUAAUAACGAACCAUGUUUUUUGUAUGAAGAUAAUGAUUUGUUAGUAAAAGGCCUUACUCAAGCCCAAAAAAUUACGAAUACAAUUGUUUUUGAUACACUUCCUGAAUCUAUAGAAUCUAUAACACAAGACCUUUCAGACAAAACCAAUGAUUCUGUAAAAAGAAUAAUACAAUCUUCUAUUAUAUUUGAUGCACAUCAGCAAUUAUUGCCAAAAUUAAAAGAUCCAGAUAGACCUGCUUUUAAUUUUCCACGAAAAUUUGGUAUAACCAAUAACAGAAAAACAUCAAAUUUAAACAAAAAAUUUAUUCAACUUUGUAAUUGCUUAAGUGGAUCAAAUAUUGGCAAUAGCAGAAGUAUUAUGGAUGAUGCAUUUUUGUGUGUACCCUUUGAUAAGGAUUUUCACAAAUUUAAAUUUUCAUUAACAAUAGACAUUAUGUUAAUGUCAAAAAAUAUCUUGAGACCAGUCAGAAAACUUGAUACAGAAUAUGAAUCUAUGACCUUACCGACAAUUUAUCCAUUACAAUAUUUAAUUGGUUUAACGAAAAGUCAGAUAUACGAAUUUAAAAACUUGUAUCCAUUUAUUUCAGAAUAUAAUAAAAAAUAUAUACAUACAAUUUUUAUAUACUAUGAUAGUACUAAAGUUAAAAAUCUAACAGAAUUAGAAAUAGAAGAAACACAGAUAUUUGGUAGAGCUCUUAUCAAAGCAUUUACAGCAGCGGCUAGUACUGCCAGACAAAGAUAUGGUGCUAAUGUGAAAACCCUUCCUGAGCCAAUAACUGUACAGUGUAUUCAUACUGAUAGUAAAGCAUAUUAUUUUUCAGUGUAUCAGCUUAAUACUUUAGAUAUUAAUGGUGAAAAAGGGAUUAAAAAUUAUUGUUGGGCCUUACCAAAAUUAAAUUUAUACGAUCUAGCUGAUUAUGUUCAAGGUAUACCUACUCUAGAAGGUUAUAAUCCAGAUGUGUUCAAAAGAAUACUUGCCUUUUACAAGAAUCAAUAAAUUUUAUUUGAUUAAAUAUA